AUGAAGAAGUUCUUAAAGACCUCGAACCUUGGUCCUGCCAGGUGUGAGGUCACAAGGAUAGUGCGGCAGCUGUGUGGCGGUGAUGCGACAGGAAGUAGAUAUGAACGUGUGUCUGGAGCGAAGAACGCUCAACUGCACUGCAUCUCGGGAGGUAGCCCACGGCAGCCCAGCACACCGCAGUUACUGAGGAUCCUCGAAGAGACGAUACAGAAAAAAAUUCCGAAAACUCUAUACCAAAAGCCCUCGACUGGAAACAACGUGGAUAGAUUCAGACUAGCAUUAAACAUCCCCGAACAGACAGCUGAGCGACUGUUCCAGUAUCGCACCAAGUUUGUGCAGCACAUGCUCGCUAGUCCUAUGUAUGCUAACUGCGAGAUUGGUAAGCCCUGGGAAAUCAUUGGCAGUAUCUCCGAGCAACUAAUUGACGAUUUAUUAAGUCAAUGCGCCAAGGAAAUGCAACUUCAAAACGUAGUGCAGGAACUUUACAAAGUCGAAACUCGUUAA